AUGGAAUGGAAGUACACGACGCAUCGCCCACUGGGCAUGGAAGAGGCGACCAAAAAGCUAAAGCAUGGAGAGAUGUCAACAGCUUUAGAGUCGCCUGCCGAUGUCGAUAUAAUUCGAACCGAUACCGUGAGAGUUGGAAGCGUCACGCGCGUUGAGGACGACUUAUCUUGGGGCCGAAUGACGAAGGGCAAGAUUGAUAAUUGGCGAGGCUGGGCAACCUCGUCAAUUCUCCGAAACUAUCUCCAUAAGUACGUUGGUAGAAAACUCGAUCAGCUAUCUGCUGAGGACCUCGAUGACCCUGGGGCGAUUGAGGCAGCUAUAAACUCCGGAUUAUGUGCACUUCUAGCACUGUAUGAUCCGGAGAGGUCCACCCUCCAUGUUGCUGGUGCUGGCGACUCGCGUGCCGUUCUCGGUCGUCAAAGGCAGGAUGAGAAUGGGGAUUGGGUCUCAAUUCCACUCUCCGUUGACCACAGUGGUACUUACCCAGACGAGAGGGCCCGUAUCAAUGCCGAGCAUCCCGGUGAAGACCUCUUGUUUUCUGCCAUUGGCCGUUUUCUGGGAUCAGAAGUGACUCAGAGCUUCGGUGAUCACCGGCAGGAAUGGCCUAGGGAGGCAUUGGAGGAAUGGAAAAAUGGCUUCUUUGGUCGAGUGUAUAACUCAAACAUAAAAACACCGCCAUUUUCCACCGCGUUGCCAGAUGUGAGGGACAUACAGGUUCAGCCAGGCGAUCUUAUCAUCCUCAGGACAGAUGGAUUCUGGAACCAUGUGUCCAAUGAGGAUGCCGUCUACUUUGUGCAGCUGUGGAUUGAAACGCAGGCUAAGGACAGAGCGAACAAUUUAGAGCAAGCAGAAAACAUUUACCUUGAAAAGGAGCCUGCAGACAUUGUCCCAACGCCGGAAAAGGAGCCGGAACGACAUAUGUAUCCGUAUAGCUGGGAGAUGGAACAAGAAGCUUUUAUCGUGGAACAUGAUAAUAUAGCCACCCACUUGGUUCACAACGCACUGGGUGAAAAAGAACGGGACUUGUUCUGCAGCGUCAUGAGUCUUUUGUCACCAGACUCUAAGGAGGCCAGGGAUGAUGUGACCGUGAUUUUUGUUCUCUUCUAG